AUGUACGAGAAGUGUAGAUGGGAUGGGCAGGGUUAUUAGUUUAGGGUCUUUGAGGCCGGUGCGACCGACGUGGAAGGGAAGGGAAGGAAAGGAAAGGGAGUAAUGGAGAAAGCGAAGGAAGAAAUGAAUGAAGAGUGGAGUCUGCCAGCCUUCCUACCUGAGUCUGGGUCUGAAUGGUGGUGGUGCUGGUCCGAUUUCCUUUCCUUUCGUUGUUGAGGGAUAUGAAGUGGGGAGACCAGGGGAGGAUGUCGAUGCCGAUGCCAUGGAUGGCCAUGCCCUAGUGUUCCUCCCAUCCAGAUUUCUAAUCCUUGCUCGAGUUUCAUGGCAUCCACUUUUGAUGCCUGGUGUUUGUUCGAGAUUGGUCGUGUACAAGAUUGACCUCUUCUUCUGUAAUAUUGACACAUGUAUUAAUUAUUACAAGUCCUCACGGAUUUCAAGCAGCGGCCUUCGCAAACCACGGGCUUUCCUCCACCAGAACUAAUACAAACCUCUGAAUAGGGCCGAAUUUGGUAUUCCUCCAGUGACCACCAUACUCGCACAUUGCAGGUAAUUAGGGCAAAGCAUGACGUAAUUCAUCGGUGUAUUGAGCUGGCCACAUUUUAAAUUAAGAUCAGAGAACAUCAGUUCAAAGGUCGCAUGGAUGUUGAAAGGUGUCUCUGAAGGCGGUAGUAUUAUGAUCCGAGUUGCUCCAAGUGGCUGUUCUAAGCCGAACGAGGAUUUUUUCAGUUUAAAGUAAUCGAGUCAGACUUCCAACCGAAUGGUAUGUCACCUCCAUAUCAUUGCAUUCGAUUAAGGCAGUCGAGUAAAUGGAGGGUGGAGGGGAGGAAGAACAUGCAGUGGGGCACCGCUGGACUCGGUCUGAGACUGUGGUCCUAGCAAAUGCUUUGAAGGCUAGGGAAGAUGAAGCUCAUGAUGUAGCCUCCAAGAGUGCAGUAGGUACCGCUGGUGACAAGUGGGAGAAUAUCUCCAAGUUCUGUCGUAGCCAUGGUGUUACACGCUCAGGUGCACAGUGCAAUAGCAGGUGGAGUAAAGGUCUUUAUCUUGAUUACAAGAAAGUUCGAGACUGGCAGAGAAAGGAAGGAUUGGAGUCGUAUUGGAAGAUGAAGGAGAAGAAAAGGAGAGAGCUGAAGCUGCCUGGGGCAUUGGACGAGGAAGUUUUCAAUAUAUUGGUUUCAUUUCUUGAUCCCGAUCUCAAACAAACAGGAACACCGGAGUCUGAGGUGGAUAGUGACAGGCCCUUGCAUGCUAUUUCUUCUGCACUAGUGGUUGAUAAGGGAGUCGCUGAACCUCAGCAAACAGGUCCAUCUGUCCCUGCUCCUGGUGCAACUCCUCAACAUUCUGGUGGCUCUUCAGAUGGCGUUGGGUCUAUGUCAGACUUUGCGCGACUUCAAGCUAGAGCCACAAGUGGAGAAUCGCUGCAGUCCUUAAAAUACAAAAUUGGAGCACCACCUGGAGCUGAUCAAAAACCAUCCACCUCUGGACAGAAAAGAAAACGGUCCUCCUCAGCAUCUCCUGUUGGAGCCCCAGCAUCAACAGAUGGUAGAUUGGAGAGUAUCGAUCCACUCAACAUAGAGUCUGUUAAGCCAAUCCAUUUCAAUGUCCCACCGCCCUUGGAUACUCCUCGGUUCAACGAAUUGAACGUUGCGCAGCGAAGCAGCACUCUACACUGGGAUGGUCCGCCAAAUUUAGCCUCUUUAGAAACCCGUCUUGGUGCGCAAAGUGAGGCUGUUUGGAAUCGGGUGCGGAUGCUUAAUGAACAGGUAGUGGAAAUGGUGGACAUUAGCAAUCAGCGUCUGCUUGCCCAGAUGCAGUCUCUCUUCACUCAAGUACGGCUGCAGCUUCAGGUGAUUAGUGCUCAAAUGCAGGCACAUGUGCAUGAGGCCACGCGGUCGCUUCAAGCAGAGCUUCAGGCGAUUCUGCAAGCGCACACUGAGCAGUUCUUCAACCAGAUGCAAGCGCAAUACGCUUCAGGAGGGUCUCAUUCUCAGGGGCAAGCUCCUCCGAAGGAUAGGUCUACGCAGAAUGGCAACUGUUCUGGUGAUAAGACGCCGAGACAGGCAGUACCUGACAUUCAGGUGGACUUCUCCCAGCUUCCUGUUCCACUUCUGGAGCCUGUUCAAAUUGCGCGGGACAAGGAAAGGGUUGUUAGGCCAUGGACAGGAGAGCCUCACAGUCCAGCACCGCGAACCAACCGGCUUCUUCCUCAUAUAUUUGAUGUACAGAAAAUGGAGUCUAUGACAGCUAGCAAGUCAUCACGACUCCCGCCGCACAUAAGUGAUGUAGAUAGAAUACUGAGGCAGCAGCAGGGAUUACCAUUGCCUUCAUCGAUGCCCAACUGGAAUCAAGCUUCGUUUGUGAUCAGCGAGCUCGACCGGGUGCUAGGUCACAAACCUGGUCCUCUGGAUAUACAUAUGAUUCCUCCCGCUCCUGGGCCUUCGAAAUGCACAUAUGUGGUAAAUGAAUUUGAUAGAUCUUUGAGACAGCGACAAAUCGCCGACGUAAAGAUGAAGGCGCCCCUGAGUCCUUCCUCAAUGGGGUUGAAUGUUGCUUCCCAGGGGCCACCUGUCUGGUCUCAGGGUCCGAUUCAUGGCGAUGUUUUAGCCCUGCUGAGCGUGUCUGGGAAUCCAAAUCAAAGUAUAGAACAAUCAAGUGGACAAGACGUGGAGCCCAACAGAAGACAUCAACCUGCCAGCAGCGAUACAGUGGACGGGGACGAAACGGAAGGUUCUGGCCAGGACGUGGGCGCUUCCUCUCAGAAAAUGGGGGCUAACCAAAGAGGCUGGCGCUCGAGGAAGACCACAACAUAAUCGACCUCGACUGUGAAGCCCAUCCGGCUUCAUUUGAGAUUUUGCGGAGUAGAUAGCACGAUCCUGCCGCACCCUUGUAUGUCUUCUUUUUUUGUUACCGAAGUAAGGUUUUCUUUUUAACCUUCGGAAACUUUUGUACACCACAAUCCUGGUUACUCCACUCUCUAGUAUGCUAGAGGUUUCUGAUAGGUGACAGUUCACCCGGAUCUGAAGUGACACUUCAUGUCUCGAUAAAUUUUGACUCUAUACAACUCUCAAUCAUAGAUGUAAAAUGGUACACUCACGAUCAAUGGUCGUUAUACGUCACAGAAUUACAAUUUUGUAAAAGCAAGCAAGUUUUUCACAUUCUCAAUUGUUACAGGAUCUCGAA